GAUGAUGCAGAGUAUCAUCAUGUUGAUGAAAAUAUUUCUUCUGGUGCUAGCCAUCAAGGUUUCAGCAGCAUUUCUCACAUGCACUGGAGGAUACGAAUCUGGUUGUAAGGAUUGUAUGACGCAACUGCAAUGUAUGGGCAGCCAUGCGAGCAUUCAAACAGUUUGUCCAGUGUCUGCACCAUACUGUGCCAGUGGAUCGUGUUCAACAUCGCUGGAUGUUGAGGCAGGUUGCAAGGUUGCAAGUAUCAGGUGCACCGGUAUUGGAAAAUUCCCAGAUCCAAGUACUUGUCAAGCUUACCAUUUUUGUGACGAAGCCGAAAUUUCGUCGGAUGUCUACACGUGUCCACCUGGAAACAUAUUCAACGGCACCGCCUUGCAGUGUGAACGAUCGCCCCUUGCCGAGGAUUGUGUGACCCUUAAAUGUCCCGCCUCGACGGGUGUAGCAACUUAUGGCACCAGUAAAACGUAUUAUGCUAUUUGCGUCUACUCAAACAAUGUUCUUUCUCAAAUAUUGAUGAUGAAAUGUCCGGAUGGAGCCACAUUCGAUGGCAAAAACUGUAUAUACCAGUGUAAAGAGGAAGGCAGUUUCGCUGAUUCCAAUGACCCUAGCAAAUACUACCAGUGCCAGGCUCUCAACGGAGGUUGGACAUAUUAUCAUCUCGACUGCCCUACUGGUGAACAGUUUGAUGCUUCUCAACAAAAGUGUGUUUCUUGUACAUGUACAUGUUGAUGCUGCCAAAUAUUUCAUGCUAAUACAUAAAUAUAUAUAUAAGUAUUAGAAAUAAAUGGUAACUCUAAAGUUAAAAUGCACACCGAAUAUAUUUUCACUAUAGAGAAGAAACUGAAAUAAAGCUUUGCCCGGACGAUUGCCCAGUUUU